GACGCGCGGCAGGCAGAGCGGCCACGCCGCCGCCGAUCCCUUUCGUCUCCCCGCGGUCGUCCUCCAGCUUUCCUCCCUCGAUCCACCGACCGAACCCGAUCGCCUUGGGCUCCAGGCGGGCGAUGGGCGACCACUACCAGACGCUGGGGCUCCGGCGCGACGCCACCAAGGCCGAGGUCAAGGCCGCGUUCCGCCGCAGUGCGCUCCGCGACCACCCCGACCGCCACGCCAGCUCCACCGACGCGGCCGCCCGCGCGGACGCCGCGCGCCGGUUCCGCCUGGCGUCCGACGCGUACCACGUCCUCUCCGAUGACCGACGACGCUCCGAGUACGACCUCCGCCUUCGUGGUUCCACAUCAUCCUACGCGCGCACCUCCUCCUACGGCUGGGCGUCGUCCUCGUCGGCUUCCUACGGCUACGGCUACGGCCACGGCCACGGCGGUGGUUCGUGGCGCCGGACGCCUCCGGGAGCAGGCGCCGGCGCGUCGGCGGGAUCAAUUGAUUGGGAAUUCCUGCUGAAGGCAGUCACUCGGCGAGGGUUCCUUAUCAAUCUGGGAUUCGCCAGUGUAUUGCUAUCUGGAGCAGCUUUUCUGGAUGGGAGUAUUCUAGAAAUUUGGAAGAUGAGUAACUCUGGGAAAUCAUUUGAGGAUGCCAUGGAGUCGAUUGAGAAAGUGAAAAGGACGCAUAAAGGAGAUAGGUAGUAGAAGUUCCUGUGUUUCACGAAUUCUCGGUACAUAUUGCUGUCCAGAUCCGUUGUUCCUCUGUAAUACGUAUAGUUCUGAUUUCUGGAUGUGUCUGUCUUUCACGAAGUUGUGCUUGGCCCUAGUAAGACCAUGUGGUAAGUGGGGUCUGCGUUCACCCUUUAUACACAAAAAAAUGUACUGUUAAUUCUUUCGUUGAUGAAAAUAAGUAAUUAUGUUGAAUAAAUAAAUGUAAUUCGCGUACGCUUUGAGAAAAGGCUC